CAGCCAUUUUAGCUGCAUGCGACAGCUACAUCGAUGGAGGACAGUUUAUUUCACAGUACAAUUUGAAACAUGGUGACGAUGAACCACUUGAGUGUGGAGGGUCCAGACGAUGGUUGUUCAUUGAUGCCUGAAGCAGAGGAGGCUACACUUCCAUUCUCUGAGCUGCUAAAACCUGUGCAGACAACAGGGGCAAGACCAGAGACUGUAUUCCUCAGCAGGACUGUGAACUUGACCAUUAGUCUGGUGUUGUUGAUAAGCUGCUACUCAGCAAUACUGAUCCCAGCCUACUUACUGACAGCAGAUGUCAGUUACCAUGAACUUCCAAAAGAUCUGGUCUUACUAAAUCUGUCAGCCUCCCUACUGUCAAGUCCAUGCCAGCCUCGGUGGUGUGUGACCCAUCUUCAACAUCUGUCCUGUUCAGCUGGCCUCUUGAACAUCCCUGUGUUUGUGCAGCAAAAGCACCCUGUGUCAUGGGAGCACCCCCCUCCUCUGGGGCUGCAGGGCAGUGAGGAGCACCUGGCCCUGGCUUUAGCCUCUCUGCCUCAGUUAGGUCUGCCACCAUCUCUGAGUAAGGAGGGACACUGCAGACGAUGUGUUGUUGUGGGCAAUGGGGUACUGCGUGGUAGCCAUCUUGGAUCACAUAUUGAUCAGUAUGACGUCAUCAUAAGGCUAAACAAUGCUCCAGUGCCUGGUUUUGAAAGAGAUGCCGGGUCCAGGACCACAAUUCGCUUGAUCUACCCAGAGGGAGCACCCAACUCUGCUGAUGAGUACAAACAGACCUCCAUGGUUGCUCUGGUGGUUUUUAAAAGCUUCGAUCUGGACUGGCUUACUUCUGUCAUCACCAAACAACCCCUGAGCUUGUGGUCCAAAAUGUGGUUCUGGAGGGAGGUGGUGGAUAAGAUUCCCCUGAGACCAGAGAACUUUCGGAUUCUCCAUCCAGAGAUUAUUCACAAAACGAGCCAAGUUCUACAGAAGUAUGCACUCAAACAAGGGACUAUGGUGCCGACACUUGGGGCCAGUGCUGUGGUCAUGGCUCUGCAGCUGUGUGAUCAAGUGAGUCUAGCAGGUUUUGGUUAUGACAUUCAACAUCCAGAAGCAAGACUUCAUUACUACGAGGAGAUACACAUGGAUGCCAUGAAAGCACAGGUGGUCCAUGAUGUAAGUGCAGAGAAGCUCUUCUUGAGGGACUUGGUGGCUGCAGGAGCUGUGACUGACCUGACGAGGGCGAUGUGAGCCACUGGAGCAGAAACUGAUAUUACAUUGAACUGUGAAUAUAAUCCCCCACUCAUACACAAAAGUAUUAUAUACAGCCAGACUGACCUUUACAGUGUAUGGGCUUGACUAAUGACUGACUAAUGAAUAGAAAGGUUAAAUUUGAUUAAUGUAAAUGCAGAAUGCAGACAUAAUAAUUUUAUACUGUAAAU